ACCACUGAACAUGGCGCUACCAGCACGUCGCUCCAACUUCUAACCUCAUCGGACAAAUGUUUGAUUUUUAAAUCAGUUCAAGUGUUUGCACUAUGGGGGAUCCUUACCAGUAUCCCGUGUUCUUCGAGUGCCCUAGUCUGGAUGGAGAGCAAUUGAAGAGGAUAGAAAACUAUUUCCAUAUUCGCCGAAAAUCAGGAGGAGGAGAGUGCGGUUCAGUGACAAAAACAAAUGAUAAAGUUUACAGCAUUGCUUUUAAAGAGCGAGAAGCUCAGCAAAGAGUCCUGGAGAUAUGUGAGCACAUGUUGGAGUUCGCAGGUGGGUCUCUGGUGCUGACUGUAAGAGGAAGCCCCGGACCUCGCAGCUCCUUCCCCACCACUACGUCGACUCCAGGCCAGGCAGUUAGUGCAAAACUGGACUUAACCUCAUCACAGAAACAGCAGUCUGUUCUGGCCUCAACUCCUCCACCAAGCGGUGAAGAAUAUGAACUUCGACCUGAUACUUACCUCCUACAUUACCUACAGGAAUGUCCCGAGGCCGGGGAAGAACUAGAGAAAGAAUUUGCUUCUGUGUCCUGCUCUGCUCAGCUUUACCCAGAGGAGGGCAGGGUUUUAGUCAAGAGUUUAGCCCAACCUGGUGUUGUAGAUGAAGGUAGAAACUGGAAAGCUGAGGUAGACAAACUCUUUGAUGCCUACCUGUGCCACUAUGAGGUGGACCCUCACAAAGUCAAAGCUUUGCUUCAGUCCUGCAGUUCUCAUCAGACUACAGAUGAGGUGAAGGUGUACAGUGAGGGUGGGCUGGUUGUUGUGGUUGGGAAACGUUCUCAGGUGAAGGCGAGGUUGAUGGAUGUAGUGGACCUGACUGUUAAACAUCGAGGGACACACUCACUUAAGAGGCAAACCAGCAUUCGUCGACUGGGUGAGGCCAAACUCCGCCUCCUCUGGAAAGAGAUUGAGCAUGGUGUAGGACGAAAUUUUCCAGAAGUUAAGGUCACACAGGGAGAUGCAGGUCAGGUAGUUUUGGAAGGUUCUGUGGAGGAUAUUCUUAAGGCUGGAGAUUGGAUUUCUGAGAAGGAGAAUCUGGUGUUAGAAAGGAUAGUUUCUAACAUGAGCCCACAUCUUCUGGCCUUCCUACGGAAGGCUUAUGGAGGUCCAGGGAUGCUAGGUAACUUUUUAGGGGUUGGUGACAAGGUGGAAAUAGAAUUACGAGACGCAGAGCUACGUGUCUUCUCCCUCUCUGCUGAUAAACUGGAUGAUGCAGAAAAAGCACUGCAGGGUGAGUUCAAGGAAGUAAAGAUUAAUCUACCUACCUGCUCUGCUGUGCCAUCUGAGCUUCAAGAAAAGCUUAUGUCCAAGAAGAAUGAGAUGAACAAAGGGCAAUGUAGGGCUCGGGUCGUGUUUGGCUCAGACAGCGCAGUGUGCUUACUGGGUCACGCCAGAGAGGUUGAAGAGCUGGGUGAAGCUGUCACACAGUUUAUCUUGGACCACACAUGCAUUGAAGGUAAAGUCAUUCUCCAAUUCCCAGAGUUAGUACAAUUCUUACCAGAACUGCUGCAGCUGCACAAGUUUGACUAUUCAGGGGUUACCUUCCAUCCUUUAACCUCCUCCUCUAGGCCUAUGGUGGUACUGGAAGGUCCAGCCAACAAGGUGACUGAGGUCAGAAACAGACUGGGUCCAUUCCUAGACUCCCUUGUUCAGGGCACAGUCACCAUAAACCUGCCAGGGGCUGUAAGGUAUUUUGAAAGCCCCUCUGGAAGACAGAGCAUUUUAAGUGUUGCUCAUUCUCAGAAGUGUCUCAUACAGUGUCAAGAACAGAAUUUGGCAUCUGGUACAAGACUGAGUAACAGAGGGACAUUAGUUGCCAGCUACAGCCUUUGUGAUGGGCUCCAGGUGCUGGUGUGUCAGGGUGACAUCACCAAGCAGGAUGCUGAUGCCCUGGUUAAUGCUGCCAAUGAAGAUCUGGACCAUUGUGGAGGUGUUGCUGCUGCACUGAGUAAAGCAGGCGGUCCUGAAAUACAGAGGGAGAGCAGUGCCUUAGUAAAGCAGAUUGGGAAAAUUCCUACAGGUGAUGUGAUGGUGACCACAGGGGGGAAGCUUAACUGCAAGACACUACUGCAUGCUGUUGGACCUGCAGCUGGAAGAGCAGGUGGCAGGGAAAGGUUCUUACUUGAAAAAACUGUCCAGUCUGCUCUGAAUAUGGCAGAAAUCAUGGAGUUGAAGUCUAUUGCCAUGCCCUGUAUCAGCUCAGGUGUGUUUGGCGUUCCUCUCACUGUGUGCUCUGAGGCUAUUGUAACUGCUGUAAAAAGGUUUGGUAGUCAGGGAGGGCGAAGUCUGCGCAGAAUCAUCCUGAUUGAUAACAGAGGAGAGGUAGUGAGGGCCAUGCAGGAGGCAUGUGACAGGCUUCUCCAAGGGAUAAGUACCAAAAACACUACACUUAGUGAUUUGGAGUACCUGAUGGGUGCUGCUGCCCAAGACACAUCAAGAGGAGCCACUGCUGGAGCUCCUGGAGACGGUGUCCAUUUUGAGGUUGUUCAGGGAACCAUCGAGACCCAGCAGGUGGAUGCCCUGGUAUCUCCUAUGGCUGGCCAUGACCCUCUCACUACCCGUGUUGGAAACAUUUUGUCCAGUGUGGUAGGAUCUCAGCUGAUUGAAAAGUUUUAUAAAGAUGCAGGAGGAGCAACACUGCCUGGUGAGAUAGUCCUGGUGGAGGGUUUGUCUGCACUGCAAUCUAAGGCAGUGAUCUUCCUCAAUCUACUCUCCUGGGAUAAUGACCAAAACGGAACUGCAGUCAAGGUUCUGAGAAAAAGCAUAAGACAAAUUCUGGCUUCCUGUGGGAUCAGAGGCUUCACUUCAGUUGCCCUCCCCAUGCUUGGGACCGGUGCUGUCCUGCGUUUUCCUCACAGUGUGGCAUCCAGGGUUCUUCUGGAGGAGGUCCAGGCAUUUGAACAGAACCGAAUCAGCACAUCAUCUUUCCGAGUCCGUGUUGUUAUUCACCCCAACGACAAAGAAUCUAGCAAGACCUUCCAAUCUGCUCAGGAAACUUUGCGUCUAAGAGGAUUCACAAAUGAUGCUAACCCAGAUCAAGCUUCCUUUUACCGCCAUGUCUCAGUAACUACUGAUGAGGUCACAGCCAUGCUGGGCAGAGUCAAACUUCAGAUGGUCCAUGGUGACAUUGUAAAUGAGGCCACUGAUAUUAUUGUCAACACAACUGACUUCACCAAUAACCAAUCUGGUGUUUCCAAAGCUAUUCUGACUGCCGCAGGACCUGUUGUUCAAGCUGAGUUAGCACGAGUGGGCAUUCCAACAGACUUAAUGUGCACCACAGGACCCGGGUUACUUGGCUGUAGAGAAAUCAUCCAUGCUAGUUUCAAGCGUGACCCUCAGUUGAUUCGGAAGAACUGCAAAAAGAUAUUGAAGCAGUGUGAGAGCAAAGGCUACCACUCAGUAGCCCUCCCAGCCAUCAACACUGGUGUGGCUGGUAUGGACUCUGUUAAAGCAUGUAAAGCCAUACUGGACGGCAUAACUACAGCUAUUAGGGACUUGAAACUGAAUUCACUCGCACUCAUCCGCAUUGUCAUCCUGCAGCAGCCGGUCUUCCAGGCUUUCAGAUCAGAGCUGGAGAAUCGAUUUGGACAAACCAUCCCUUGCCGCUUCAACCUGAGAGAAAAAGCUAAACAGAAGCUCAAGGAGUGGCAAGAGAAGUACUCAAAAACCCCAGCAUCUUCAGCAACACAAGGAGAAACCUUCAUCUCCUCAAAGCCGCAGCCGGCUGUAUUAACUGUGAUUUGUAAUGGUUCGGAUAUCAUCACGACCGUCAAGAGUGAUUUGGAGGGGAUCCUGCAGAAGCAGCUGGUAGACAGAGUGGUGAAUGUGCAUGAUUUUUCCAGCCUUGAUGCCAUGGAGCUGGAAGCGGUGCUAACAAAAGUCAGAGUCUUAGGAAUGAGUCUGGAACAAAGGAAACGUCAAAGUUCAAGAAGCGUGGAUGGCAACAGAGCAGGAAUCACAGCUAGAGCUGAAGCUAGAGCUCACUCAGGGUCAGGAGAAGAAGUCUAUGUGCUGAGAGGCCUAAAAGAGGACGUUUUGAGUGUCACUGAACUUGUAAACACAGCAGUCCACAAAGCACUUAUUGAAGACCUCCAAGACAAAAAAGAAGCAAUGUUGGCUCUUACUGUCCAAUGGUCGAUUCAGCACACGGAUGGAGCCUGGCAGGAGCUGAGCCUGCAUGACAACUACGUGCUGGAGAACGCUCACAUUAAUAAACAAGUGUCUGCAGAUGUGACGGCACCAGACAGAAUGAUUGCGAAGGUAAACGUGAAGUCGAGAGAAGCCAAAAACUGGCAAACAGGGAUCACAUACAGAGUGAGAAGGAGUGAGACCGGAGCAACCUUAGAGUUGCCGGCACAAUGGGAACCUAUGCAUGAAGAAGUCUUCAAAAAGGUCGAGCUACAACUUAACUCACAAGAGUAUCAGGAUGUAGCUCAGGGUUUCCUCAAAACGGCUAAAUACAAUAUUCAAAAGAUUGAGCGUGUGCAAAACCUCUACCUGUGGCAUGCCUAUACUGUGUGUAGGCAGCGUAUACUUGGCAAAAAUGGGCUAGCAGAACUCGGGGAGAAGUCCCUCUACCAUGGCACAUCAGCAGAGUCAUGCAACUGCAUUGAAAGGGACAGAUUUGACAGGAGCUUUGCAGGAGCACAUGCUGCCAUGUAUGGAAAAGGAGUUUACUUCGCGGUCAAUGCAGACUAUUCUGCCAGUAGAUAUUCCCCACCAGACACGUCAGGCCUGAGGCGGCUGUAUGUUGCUCGGGUCCUGACUGGCCGAUACACAGUCGGUAAUUCUUCCAUGAAAGCGCCCCCUCCUCGUGGCAGCGAUCCCACUGACUGCUUCGACAGUUUGGUGAACAACCAGCAGCAGCCCUCCAUGUUUGUCAUCUUCCACGAUGACCAGGCCUACCCAGAAUACCUCAUCACUUUCAACUGAAAAGAAAAAAGGAUAAGGAACAACAAGAAAAGUCGUGGUUCCUGUGGUGCAAAAUGAUCCUUGUUAAGUACAAAAAUAGUGAUUACUGUCUACUUCCAGUUAAUGAUUUUUGUCGUGAUCUGAUUUUGAGCUAGAAGCACUUCAUAGGACAACAAAACAACCAGAUGUGGUGACAUCUUAACGACACUGUAUUGAACAUCCUAAUGGACAAUGCUAUACCACAGAAGCACUCCACUUUUCUUUUUUCUUGUGAAAUAAUUAAGUUGUGUGCAAUAGCUUUAGCAAAGAGUGCACUAUUUUAAUUUGUUUUAUCUCACUGAAUGAUGGAAAUACCAAGCUAUGAUAACAGUUAUAAAUUUAUUUUAAGAAAUGUCUCUAGUUUUUUCACAUUAAUGCAGUUAACUUACUUUUCCAUUUUUACGGAUGAUGUAUUAAGUAUAUCAAGUAUUAUGUAUAAAACUGACACAAACUUUAAUAGUAUGUAGAGCAGUAUACAUAUAAGCAAACAUAAAUUUUACUCAAUGAAGAUUUUGUGACAGAAUAAUCCAAGUAAUUUCGGCCAUUAUAAUUUAGAGAGGAUUUCUCUUUGAACAGUGCAGGAGAAUACUGACUCAAUACGGAGUGUCUCUGUUUUUGACAAUCAUUUACAUAAUAUUUACAUAUGGCUAAGGAAAAAAUAACACAAUUACUCAAAAGUCAAAGUUACUUACACAUCUUUAUUAACAGUUUUAGAAGAACAGUAAGAUAAUAAAAUGAUGAUUUGUAACUGAGAUUUUGAUUGUGGUACAUUCUUAUCAUUAAGGGGCAUCAGAAUGGUCAUCUUAUGAUAAAAGCAUUUUUGAUUUUUAGAAACAUUUAUUAGGUUAUUAGUAAGAAGAUCAAAACAAAGUAAAAGCUUAAUUUUACAUAUCAUUAAGGAGUACAGAGGAUUUAUUUAUUUUAACAUGAAAUAUCCACCAACAAAAAGAAGUAUUCAUAUUCAAGUCUUAUGAUUAACCCCUGUGUGCUCCAACAUAUAGCAAUUAAGAGGGAAAAAUAGUAUUAAGCCAGCAGAUGAAGUGUUGAGGCUAUCCUUUUAAAAAAAAAAAAAAAAAACCCAU